AUGGCUGCUGCUCUGCUUAGAGGAGGAACAGUGUUUUACUUGAAGUAUGUUUUCUAUGAUAUUAGACAUAUUAUUAUUUUAUUGAUAACAAUUCUGUUCUAUCCGGCAGAGAAAGCCAGACCCCAGCCAGCCAUUGACAUCCCUAAACUACUGGAGCAGCUCUUCUCUCAGAGGAGAGUUUCUGCUGUCAAAGCCUCCUCCAAACCUCUACCUUGUCCAGGGGGUUCCACUAAACCUUCUACCGCCACCUCCAUAAAGACCCCAGCCUCCUCCUUGUCCCAGACUAAGCCAGCGGUGUCUGUCUCUGCUGCUGCAUCAACACUAAAACCAGUCAUUAAUGUUUCCUCUGAGAACUCUCCUCUUUUCAAGAAGGCACCAAAUUCUCCUCCAGCCAUUGAUUCUCAAGCAUCACCAAAAUCUGUAUCCCAUUCAACCCCCGAAUCAGUAGUUGGUCUUACUGCAGAUUCUUCACCCACCUCCAAAACUUCUAUGCAGUCAUUGCCGUGUUUUCCCACGGCCUCUGCUGCGGCUGCUGUUGUUUACAAGAAGACAAUAUCUUGCUCCUCUACUACCUCAGUACCUCCAUCAGCUGUCCCCACACAUGCUGCAAAACAAUCAUCAACAGCCACCUCAAUAGAAAAACAGAUCAACACAACAGAAGGCAGAGGAGAGACUACAGUUAGGCCGGCAGAAUUCACCGUUGCCCCUGUGCUGCCCACACCAGUCGAUACUGUCCAGAUCAAAGUAGAAACAUCAGAAUUCAAAGAAGGACCCUUGAUAGCAAAUGCAGCAGCCAAAGACUCCAAUAAAUCCCCCACCCCUCUCUCAGUGGAGGAUACAACAGAACCAGCAAUAUGUGCUAAAUCUAUACCAACGUUUGAAUCAAGAACUGCCCCUGUUGAACCAACAGUAGCAGUUACAAUAGAUUCAGCAGACCAAGUAGUGGGAAAUGGCUUGACCAACACAGGCGCUGACACCACCUCAGGCAUAACCUUCUUAGAAAAUGCAAUGAAAUUUCCCUCAGUAUCAGUAGCAAACAAAGACUCUAUGGUAGAGUCUCAUAUCUUCUCCUCAGGAACAUGUGUUGGGACAGGGGAAGAGAAUGGUGGUGAAGGGGGAAAGGAGAGGGCAGUAGAGGAGGUUAUUCAGGAGGGGGCUCUAACUGCAGAGCCAGUGGAGGAUGAGUUUGGAGUCAUAGAAGCUAUAACCUUGGAGUCGGGGAUGUACAAGUAUUGGACUCUGAAGUGGAUGUUUUAA